GGGCCCAAUGGGCCUUAUAAGAAACCCUAAGCCUAGAAUUUCUGGAGGUGUUUAUUUAUAAAUCUCGAUUGAGAACACUGCGAACCCUAAUCUUGUCAUUUCCGCGGCGCCAUCUAAGAAAAUUACCGAGGGUUCCAAUCGCAGUCUGAGAGACAAUGUCGACAGUAGGAGAACUUGCUUGCAGCUACGCUGUUAUGAUCCUUGAGGACGAAGGCAUUGCCAUCACUUCUGACAAGAUUGCGACUUUGGUGAAAGCCGCUGGUGUAGAGAUCGAGUCAUACUGGCCAAUGCUAUUCGCCAAGAUGGCUGAGAAGCGUAACGUCACCGACCUCAUCAUGAAUGUCGGUGCUGGUGGCGGUGGAGGUGGUGCACCGGUUUCUGCCGCCGCACCUGCUGCUGCUGGAGCUGCCGCAGCAGCUGCCCCUGCCAAGGAAGAGAAGAAGGACGAGCCAGCAGAAGAGAGCGAUGGAGAUCUUGGAUUCGGCUUGUUCGAUUAGAGAGUCUCCUUUGUUUUAACUUUUUUUUACAAUGUGUUGUACUGCUUUAGUUGAUUUGAGAUUUUCAGUUUUGGCAUUUUCAGACAUUACUACUACAGUUUGGUCCAUUUGUUAUAUCAUCUAUUCAACUUCGAA